AUGUGCUCCCAGGAGUUGAUGAGGGACGGCUAUGGCCUGGCUCUGCAUUACUGGACUGUUUUUGACCCUUUGUACCCUCAUGACGAUCGAGUACCCAGUUCCACAGAGCCAACACGGAGCCCCGCAAGCCCCAGGCAUUCCUCAAAGCACGCCGAGCCCCUUCCCCGCAGGGGGAGUUGGAGGUGUAAGAACGUUGUCUGGUUGGAGGGAGUGGAGACGAGCAGAUCCGACCUUAAUCAACAGUCUUUGGAGAAGCAGGAUGGGCACCGGAAUCAGAAAACAAUUAGGCAAUGCAGAAGUGUACAUUAUGCUAGCCCUAUUGAUCGGCCUGGCGACCGUAGUAAUCGGUUGUUGGUUGUCGGACAACUGUUGGUCCCCGGAACCCGAGAACCAAGUAAUGACGAUGGCCUGACCCAAACUCAAGCCGGCCCUGAAGCCGCUCGAGUUGCCGAACGGAAGCGAGUCGUCAUCUUCCCAGUCACCCGAGUCGCCACAGUCGCCCGGCUCCAGACCAAUGAGUCCAGAAAGCAAUUGGCCUCUUGUAGAGGUAUCAGACAGGGACCACUUAGACCUCUGACAUCACGUCAUGUGUGA